UUUUUCAGAGCGUCAACAUCCAUGUGGAAAGAAAUGGUGAAAUCCUCUGGAUUAAAUCAAGACAAUUUGCAAAUUUUUGAUGUAGAACUUCCCAGGAUCAUCCUUUAAUAUGAAGUGGAGUUUUAAAAAGUGCAGCUGUCAGUAAAAAAUGGAAUAAUAGCAACCUCCUCAGGAUUUGGAUGCAUAGUUUCAUAGGAAUAUCAUUUCAUUCCUGAUCUUCAAAGCAUGUGGCUCAUCAUGGAAACUCAAGCUUAUUUACAUAUUGAAAUGGACUGAUUGAAUUUCUUACAAUUCAUUGGAUUUUAAGGCAAUGAGCAAAAGGAUUAGACACUGCUGGUCUCUUACUCCAAUAUGGAAGAAGAUUUGGACAUUUCUCUUUCCAGUUUGUGCUAUCACCAUUAUAGUAUAUAUGGUUGGCUUCAAUUAUUUUACUUCUUCAAGGAUGUUUGAUUUCAAAGAAAGACAGAACGGUGAAGAUGUAAGUGAAAAUUAUAGAUUUGAACCACCAGGUGAUACAAAUUUUACAACAGAACACACACACACUCAAAAGCAAUCUUUGAUCAUCAAUAAUAUGGAGAAUACUGAGGCCUUCCGAAAUUCACACAUCAUGAUAAGUACAGGUGUUGGGCGAUUAGGAAAUCGUAUGUUUGAAUUCGCAUCACUUUUAGGAACUGCCAAACGUCAUAAUUAUAAACCAAUGAUUUUACGUAGAAAUACAUUAUUGCAGGUUUUUGAUAUUUCACAGGUGACUGAUUCAGAACCUUCGAACUUGAAAGGUGUUGGAGAAAGGGGAGCGGGGGUAUAUGACAAAUCGCUAGAAAAUUUAAGACAUGACAAAAACUAUUCAUUAGGUGGAUUUUAUCAAAGCUGGAAAUAUUUUGAUUUCAUGAAAGAUGAAGUGAAGAAAUCCUUCAAGUAUAAAAAGGGAUUUGUGGACAAAGUUCGGCAACUGCAGGCUUCGCUGAAAAUUGGUGAUAAAAUUACAGUGGGUGUACAUGUACGUCGCGGUGACAUGGGAAGCAAACGAGAACUCUCCAGAGGCUACAAUGUCGCCACAAAGGAGUAUUUCAACAAAGCAUUCCAAUAUUUUCGGAGUAAAUUUAAAAACUUGAUAUUUCUUGUUGUAAGUGCUGAAAUGGCUUGGUGCAGAAGCAAUAUGAAAGGUGAUGAUAUUAAAUUCGUAACGACAGGUAGUGCAGGUGGAGAUAUGGCUCUACUCGCUCAUUGUAACCAUAGUAUCGUGUCCACGGGAAGUUUUGGUUGGUGGGGGGCCUACCUCACCGGAGGAGAAGUAGUGUAUUAUAAGAAUUUCCCAUCCAAUGGCAGUUGGUUGUUAAAGCAGUAUAACAAGACCGAUUAUUAUCCCUUGAAUUGGAUUGGAAUGGAAUGAUUUCUGCUGAUUUUAACACUAAGGCCACACCAAUAAAAUUUCUUGUUCGUCGGACCCACGCGCUCGUAUUUAAACAGAACUAUACAAAUAAUAUUAAUUUUAAUUUCCCGCACCAUUGGAAUUUUGUGCCAUUUUCUGUUCAAUUUCCGCUUUAUCAAUCGUAUUUUUAAUCUGUAAAUCAGAAAAAAAUAAUUGUCCGUUCAAAUUUUUUCACGCUAUGCCUAAAAAAUUGUCUACAAGAAAGUAAUAAUAUUAUUUAACCGCUAGCCCGCUCGUAUUUAUUUUCCUCAAAUGUCCGACGAACAAGAAA